AUGCCCAGGGAGAGCCCGCGGCGACGAAGCCCGCCGGCAACCAGCACAGGCCAGAAUAAACGCAAGCGCGAUGAGCCGACGGACGCCAGCGUUGACCUCAUGAUCCGUUUCCCGCCACCUGCGCCGGCAGACGCCACCCCACCACCAACCAAGCAAAUGAAGCGACCGGAUCCCCGUCCGCCCAGCCAAACGAGCCUCAUGGGCGCGCCGAGCGGCCGCUGCAGCCCGGCGCCGUGGCUGCCACUGAUGCACGCGAAGCUCCAGUCCUCGCUGCUGAUGCGCAGCUACUCCGCGCUCAGCCUCGACAGCCUGGGCUCGGCGAGGCCUUUGCCCGGGCGCCUUUGA